AAGCACAACACAUUUCGACAGAAGGAGGUAGACUUUCAAGGUCUCUGGGCAGAAAGUGCUGUCAGUUCUGGCUCAAGGUUGUUGAACAGUUAAUGCGCAAGGUAAAGAGGCUGGAAAUUGAAAACAGAACGGAAGACGGCCAGGAAAGCGUCAAAGAGGCACUGGAAGACAUGACGGGAGUGGACGAGCUGUCAGACAGCACAGAGGUGGUGGAGAUGGAGGACGUGAACCCCACCCAGUUCCAGGUGGAGAAGCACUCGUGGGAUGGCCUGCGGAAGAUCAUCCACAACAGCCGCAAAAACACAGGCGUGGUCAUCAACAAGGCGCCACACGAUUUCCAGUUCGUCCAGAAAGAUGAGGCCAGUCCGCACUCCCACCGCAUGUACUACCUCGGAAUGCCUUACGCCAGCAGGGACAAUGCUUUACUCUACUCAAACAUCCCCAAGAAGAUCCGCAAAGACGCCCUACUGGUUUUGUCGUGGAAACCAAUGCUGGAUCGUUUUCAGACCAGCCCUCACCACGGGGGCUUCUCUCGGGAGGAGGAGCUGCUGCGGGAGCGCAAGCGUUUGGGGGUGUCUGGCAUCACCUCCUACGACUACCACCGAACCAGUGGACUCUUCCUGUUCCAGGCCAACAGCAGCCUGUUCUACUGCCGGGACGGUGCAAACAACAUUUUCAACACGUCUCCAGUGCCACCCACAGAGAUCAAGAGUCAGAGUUCAGGCACACGCAUGGACCCCAAGAUUUGCCCCGGAGACCCCAACUUUAUCGGUUUCAUCAACAAUAAUGACAUUUGGAUAACAAACAUCGAGACGGGAGACGAGAGGAGACUCACGUUUUGUCAUAAAGGCGUUGAUAACCCAAAAGACGAUCCUAAAUCUGCUGGCGUGGCCACUUUUGUCACUCAGGAAGAAUUUGAUCGCUUCACUGGAUACUGGUGGUCUCCAGUUGCUCAUGAAGAAAUAGAUGGUGGGAAGACUCUGCAGAUUCUGUACGAGGAGGUGGAUGAGUCUGAAGUGGAGAUUAUCCACGUCCCGUCUCCGGCUCUGGAGGAGCGCAAGACGGACAUCUACAGAUAUCCACGCGCAGGCAGCAGGAAUCCUGAUAUCACUCUCAAGAUAGCAGAAAUCAAGACCGACAGUUUUGGAAAUAUUGUCAGCACGCAGGAGAAGGAGCUGCCGGUUCCCUUUACUAGUUUGUUUCCCAACGUUGAGUACAUCACCAGAGCUGGAUGGACGAGAGACGGUCGAUAUGCGUGGGCGGUCAUGAUGGAUCGACGGCAGCAGCACCUCCAGCUAGUCCUGCUGCCUCCUGCACUCUUCAUCCCUGCACAUCAGGACAAAGUCAGACAGGAGAGCCUGGAGGCUCUCGGAGACACCGUCCAUCCCUUCAUCGUCUACCAAGAGACCAGCGAUAUCUGGAUCAAUGUCCACGACAUCUUCCAUCCUUUCCUCCAAACUUCUGAUGACGAGUUCACCUUCAUCACAGUAAAUGAGUCCAAAACAGGCUUCUGCCACUUGUAUAAAAUCACCUCAGUGUUACAGCGGAAGAGCUAUCACUGGGCCAAAGGCUACACACACUCUGAAGAUGAUUUUAAGUGUCCAGUUAAAGAAGAGGUGACAGUGACCAGCGGGGAGUGGGAGGUGCUGGCCAAUCACGGAGCAAAGCGUUCAUGCAGUCCUCAGAUUUGGGUGAACGAGGCGACGCAGCUGGUUUACUUCCAGGGAACCAAAGACUCUCCUCUGGAGCACCACCUGUACGUGGUGAGCUACGAGUCGCCUGGUGAAAUCGUCAGGCUCACCAAACCCGGCUUCUCCCACAGCUGCUCUGUGAGCCAGACCUUUGACGUGUUUAUCAGCCACUACAGCAGCCUGACCACCGCUCCUUGUGUUCACAUCUACAAGCUGUUGGGCUCAGAAAGCGACCCGCUGCACAAAGAGCCUCACUUCUGGGCGAGCAUGAUGGAAGCUUCUGGUUACCAGUUUGAUGCCUCCCCUGCAGAAAUUUUUAGCUUUACAGGGAAGUCAGGCUUUGAUCUGUAUGGCAUGUUGUACAAACCAAAUCACCUGGUCCCCGGCAGGAAGCAUCCCGCUGUCGUCUUUGUGUACGGUGGUCCUCAGGUGCAGUUAGUGAACAACUCCUAUAAAGGAGUGAAGUAUCUGCGGUUGAGCACGCUGGCUUCUCUGGGCUACGUUGUGCUGGUCAUCGAUGGGCGGGGCUCGUGCCAGCGAGGGCUCAGGUUUGAAGGAGCUGUGAAAGACAAGAUGGGUCAAGUGGAGAUUGAAGACCAGGUGGAGGGUUUGCACUACAUAGCUGACAAGUAUAAGUUUGUAGACCUUAGUCGUGUUGCCAUCCACGGCUGGUCGUAUGGAGGCUUCCUCUCCCUCAUGGGUCUCAUCCACAGACCUGACAUUUUUAAGGUUGCUGUUGCAGGUGCUCCGGUAACGUUGUGGAUGGCGUAUGACACCGGCUACACAGAGCGAUAUUUGGACACACCUGAUAAAAACCAAAAGGGUUAUGAAGCCUGUUCUGUCGCCCUGCAUGUCCACAAACUUCCUAACGAGCCGAACAGAUUGUUGAUCCUGCACGGAUUUCUAGACGAGAAUGUGCACUUUUUCCACACAAACUUCCUGGUGUCUCAGCUCAUCCGAGCAGGAAAGCCCUACAGCCUACAGAUUUAUCCCAAUGAACGGCACAGCAUCAGGUGUCCGGAGUCCGGAGAGCAUUAUGAGAUUUCGCUGCUUCACUUCCUCCAGCAGAAUCUCUGAUAAGCCUUUUCACACACUGACCUUCUCCUGGAUUCUUGUCCUCCUUUCCUUUAAGCUCUCUAUCUAAACCUAAAUCACCUCUGACUUGAUUUUAUGAAUGCAAAUUACACAGAACCAUGCCACAC